AUGACGAUCUUUGCGACGGGGCGGGCUAAGCGUGUGACCGAUCCGCUCGACGACAAGGUGAAGGCGCGCCUCAGAGGGGACGACGAGCUCCGGCGCGGUUCGGGAUACUUUAGCAGCAGCGGCAGCGAGCACGACGCCGAGGCCUCCGACUUCGUCGACGGCUUCUUCUUCUCUGAGAAGGAGGGAUGGGAUGACGUCGAGGAGACCGAGGAGGAGUCUGUGGAGCGAUCGGGGGGAUUCUCCGAUGGCGAGGGCCUCCAGUCCGUCUUCACCGUCCCCGGCGUGGAGAUGAUCCGAGACCUGGUGAACCGGGGGAGGUCCUCGGCGGCGGAAGAGCGGUACAGGCGGGAUCUGGCUGCGGACGCCGCCAGGGCCGCAGACAGGUUUGCGGAUCUGAAGCAGAACAGACUGGCGUUCCGUCGGGCGGUGAUGGCGUCCCUCAGGGAGAUCGGCUACAAUGCCGGGAUCUGCAAAUCGAGGUGGGAGAGCGGCAGCGGAGGAAUCGUCGCUGGCAGCUAUGAGUACAUCGACGUACUUACAUCGCCGCCGGACCAAGCCGCGAGGUACAUCGUCGACAUCGACUUCGCCGGGGAGUUCGAGAUCGCGCGCCCCACGGCGGAGUACGGACGCCUGACGGAGGAGCUCCCGAGGCUGCUCGUCGCCAGGCCGGAGGUGCUCCGCCAGCUUCUCAGAGUCCUCGCCGACGCCGCACGGCGCUCCCUCCGGUCUCGGGAGAUGCACAUCCCGCCAUGGCGGAAGGCCCGCUUCAUGCAGGCCAAGUGGCUCGGCCCCUACCGCCGCACCCUCAACCCUUCUCCUUCUCCCUCUUCCCCUUCCCCUUCCCCUUCCUCCCCCUCCCAUGCGGCGGCGGAAGCGCUUCCGCCGCCCGUCGUGCGGGCCCGAGCAGACGUUCACUGCCGGUUGCUGGGCUUCGACACGGCGGCCGUCGUCUUCCCGGCGGCGGCGGCCCGUACGCGGUGA